UUGUUCCAAUUUUACAUAUUCUUUUCGUCUCUCUCUUAGAACCUCGAGAAUGGCAUUUUUAACCAAACUGUCCAAGAUUUCUCCACUGGCCAGAGUCUGCCUAAGUCGCUGCAUGAGCCACGUCCCGGAGAACACCGUCUACGGUGGCCCAACACCACAAACCGCCGACCGGAGAGUGACCCUUAAUCAGUUGAAGCAAAAAUACAAAAAGGGCGAGCCCAUCACCGUUGUCACAGCCUAUGACUAUCCAUCGGCGGUCCACCUCGACAUCGCCGGCAUCGACAUCUGCCUCGUUGGAGACUCUGCUUCCAUGGUCGUUCACGGCCACGACACAACUCUCCCUAUAUCACUCGAAGAAAUGCUCGUUCAUUGUCGCGCUGUAGCUCGCGGCGCCAAGCGACCGCUUCUUGUUGGUGAUUUGCCUUUUGGGACCUACGAGACAAGCACCAGUCAGGCAGUUGAUACGGCGGUUAAGGUCUUAAGGGAAGGUGGGAUGGAUGCUAUCAAACUGGAAGGAGGGUCCCCUUCAAGAAUCACCGCCGCAAAAGCCAUUGUUGAAGCCGGAAUUGCGGUUAUAGGGCAUGUCGGACUUACUCCUCAGGCAAUUAGUGUACUUGGGGGAUUCAGACCACAAGGCAAGAAUGUUUCUAGUGCCAUCAAGGUUGUAGAGACUGCAAUGGCUUUGCAGGAAGCUGGAUGCUUCUCGGUUGUUUUGGAAUGUGUGCCGGCACCUGUGGCUGCUGCAGCCACAUCUGCUCUUCGAAUUCCCACAAUCGGCAUCGGAGCUGGUCCUUUUUGCAGUGGACAGGUUCUAGUUUACCAUGAUCUACUAGGAAUGCUUCAACACCCACAUCAUGCAAAGGUUACUCCAAAGUUCUGUAAGCAGUAUGCUUGUGUCGGAGAUGUCAUAAAAAAAGCUCUUUCAGAAUACAAGGAAGAAGUAAACAACGGUUCAUUCCCUGGUCCUUCCCACACCCCAUACAAAAUGAAUCCCGAUGAUGUGAAUGGUUUCUUUAAUGAGUUGGAGAAAUUGGGUCUGAACAAGGCAGCAUCCGCGGCGACUGCAGCAGCCGAGAAGAUGAACACAGCACAACGGCCAGACACCGAGACGUCUCAAAAGUGACCAAAAUAAGGCUAGGUUUCUUCAGCUUUUUACCUUAAUAAAAAAUAUCAAGAACCAAAUAGUUCCUUUCGGCAUCAUAUAUUUUUACAGGCACCUCAUGGUUGAGAAAUGGCUUUUGUAUGAAGUGAAUUGCUGUUGAAUGCAACUAUAAUCAGAUUGUAAUUUUUAUCUGAAA